AUGCGUACAGCGCAACAAGUGCUGGAAUGCUUGACAUCUGUAACAAGCGGGCAAACGCCAACAAUACACGGGAAUGCUCCUAAACUGAGAAACGUGUCACGAAUUCAGCGUGACAGUGCAACAAACGCAGUGCUCUGGCGACUGAGUGAGCCGCUCUUCAGGGACCUACUAGCAAUCGAGAUUCCAUUCAGCAAGUAUGCUGUGUUGCUGCAGUGGCUGGACUCUCGGCGACCAUCGUUCGGCUUUGUAUCGACGGUGUCUGUCGACAAUGAGGAGGUCCCUGUGGCUCCGAAUAGAGAAAUCGCACUGUGGUGGAGUGACCACACCCCGCAAACCCCUCGACAUACGCCGAGCAGUGCGGCAGAAGAUGGAUUAGUGGAAGGGGGCUACACUGUGGAGAACCCCACGACUGCGGAUUAUUUGCGGUGUGUCUACGAAGUUAAAGAAAUCGAGUUCAAGCUGACGAGUGGCGUCAACGUGCCCAAGUUUCGGCUGGCCGCACUGCAGCAGUUCUUUGGACCG